AUGCAGCGAGUUUUGGUAGCCAUCCUCACCUUUUCUCUUGGGACAGCAGGGACUGCUCCAAAGUACCUCUGCACCUACUAUGACAUUGUUGACUACCUGAACAUCUCCUCUCACGACAAGCUGCACACCUACAUACUGCCUAAGACAAACAUGAAGGAGCCUAUGGAAGUGAAGUUGGAUUUCAUGCUGAUGGCUAUUCUCUCUGUGGUGGAAAAGCUCCAAACAGUCAGUUUUUACUUCGUCUUGAACCUGGAGUGGAAAAACCCUUUUGCAACCUGGAACCCGCAGGAUUUCUGUAACAUUUCUCAAGUAAUUCUUCCCCUGGACUCCUAUUGGUCUCCCCCCAUCUUCAUCUUAGAGCGAGUGGACGGGCAAAACUCAGACAUGAAUUACAUGGUCCUCAUGCACAACGGCAGCUUCAACUCCACCCGGCCCUUCCAGGUCACCCUGACGUGCAGUUUGAUAAUCCUCAAGUUCCCCUUUGACACCCAGACGUGCAACUUGAGUAUAGCUUCAUUUCUCUACCCAGUAAGAGAGAUUGUCAUGAAGACAAGACGGACAGCAUCUGAGAGCAUGAAAGAGAGCCAGAGUUUCUUCCUAACUGAUGGAGAAUGGAAGUUCACCAAUCUGAGCAUCAUUGAACGCACGGAAGUAGUGGAUGAUGAAGGAUUUUCUGUGAUCACCUACAUGAUUUCCAUGGAGAGACGACCCACUCUGUACAUUCUGAACCUGAUCCUCCCAACGUGUGCCCUGUACCUGCUGGACAUGGCUGUGUUGUUUGGACCCAGCUCUCUCGAGGAGAAAAUCAACUUCCAGAUCGCCAUCAUCCUUGGCAGCUCCAUGCUGGCUGUGAUCCUCAACAACAGCCUCCCAACUUCCUCCAACAAACCCCCUGUAAUAGUGCUGUUCUUCCUGGGCACCUUCCUGCUCAUGAUCAUGGCUGUGUUAGACACCUUCUUCCUGCUGUACCAGCAGCGCAAAUCCCGGCCCUUGGACAAGGUUCUCAGAAGAUUCCAGCGACGCAAAACAACCCAGAACCUCUUUAACAAAGCAGACGUGGGUGCCGAGCUGGCCAAGACACCCCUGCGCAACCAGCCCGUGACACACCUGGCCAAGGAAGGUCUCCAGCAUCUGAGCCCUCCCAAGAAGGCCCAGGGAGGAGGGCAACCUGCCAAGGGCCACUGGCGACCACAGGAGCAGAACUCGUUUAUGCCAGUUCUGGAGAAGGUCCUUCUCUACAGCCACUUCUUCCUGUCCCUGGUUUUUUUCACUCUUAUUUCUGUAAAAUGGAGCAGCUAA